AUGUCAGAUAUGCAAGACUCGCUGCUACUGGGUUUAGAGGGUAUCAAGAAGACAAUCCUGCAUGGCGGGACUGGAGACAUCCCAAAAUUCAUCACUGGAGCAAAGGUGACCUUUGACUUUCGCACCACACUGUGCGAUGACGAGCGCACGGUGAUUGAUGACAGCAAAGCUGUGGGUACACCCAUGGAGAUCGUGAUCGGCAACAUGUUCAAACUGGACAUCUGGGAGACUCUGCUGGCUUCGAUGAGAAUUGGAGAGGUGGCCGAGUUCUGGUGUGACACCAUUCACACUGGAGUAUACCCGCUUGUCUCCAAAAGCAUGAGGCGAAUCGCGGAUGGCAAAGACCCAGUGGAUUGGCACAUUCGCACGUGUGGCAUGGCCAACAUGUUUGCCUACCACAGUCUGGGCUACGACGACCUGGACGAGCUGAUGAAGGAGCCCAAGCCCCUCUUUUUCAUCCUGGAACUGCUCAAGGUGCUGCAACCCAGUGAAUACAACAGGGAAUCCUGGGCUCUGAAUGACGAGGAGAGAAUGAAAGUGGUGCCCGUGCUGCAUGGUCAGGGGAACAAGCUCUACAAGCAGGGACACUACCAGGAAGCCACUCUCAAAUACAAGGAGGCCAUCAUCUGCAUCAAGAAUGUACAGACCAAGGAAAAAGCAUGGGAAGCUCCAUGGCUGAGGCUGGAAAAGCUGGCCCACACGUUAACGCUCAACUACUGCCAGUGUCUCCUACGCAUGGAGGAGUAUUAUGAGGUCAUCGAGCACACCAGUGACAUCAUUAACCAACACCCAGGCGUCAUGAAGGCCUUCUAUCUGCGUGGGAAGGCCCAUCUCGAGGUGUGGAAUGAGGCAGAGGCCAGGCAGGACUUAAGCAAGGUUUUAGAUCUGGACCCAGGAAUGAAGAAGGCUGUGAAGAAGGAGCUGGCGGUGCUGAAUAUGCGCAUGGAGGAAAAGAAUAGGGAAGACAGGAACAAGUACAAGGGCAUGUUUUAA